AUGGUGAAGGUUGGAAUAAAUGGAUUUGGCCGUAUUGGGCGCCUGGUCACCAGGGCUGCUAUACUCUCCAGCAAAGUGCAGGUUGUGGCCAUCAAUGACCCCUUCACUGACCUCAACUACAUGGUCUACAUGUUCCAGUAUGAUUCCACCCAUGGCAAAUUCAAAGGCACCAUCAAGGCUGAGAAUGGGAAGCUUGUCAUCAACAAGAAUCCAAUUACUGUUUUCCAGGAGCGAGAUCCCACCAACAUCAAAUGGGGUGAUGCUGGUGCUGAAUAUGUUGUGGAGUCCACUGGUGUCUUCACAACCAUGGAGAAGGCUGGGGCUCAAUUGAAGGGUGGUGCCAAGAGAGUCAUUGUCUCUGCCCUUUCGGCCAAUGCCCCCAUGUUUGUGAUGGGCGUGAACCAUAAGUAUGACAACUCCCUCAAGAUUGUCCGCAAUGCUUCCUGUACCACCAACUGCCUGGCACCCCUGGCCAAGGUCAUCCAUGACAACUUUGGCAUCGUGGAGGGACUCAUGACCACUGUCCAUGCCAUCACUGCCACCCAGAGGACUGUGGAUGGCCCCUCUGGGAAAAUGUGGCGUGACGGCCGUGGGGCGGCCCAGAACAUCAUCCCUGCUUCUACCGGCGCUGCCAAGGUGGUGGGCAAGGUCAUCCUGGAGCUGAAUGGGAAGCUCAUUGGCAUGGCCUUCCGUAUCCCCACCCCCAAUGUGUCUGUCGUGGAUCUGACCUGCAGGCUGGAGAAAGCGGCCAAAUACGAUGACAUCAAGAAGGUGGUGAAGCAGGCAUCAGAGGGCCCCCUGAAGGGCAUCCUGGGCUACACUGAAGACCAGGUUAUAACCUGUGACUUUAACUGUGACUCUCACUCUUCCACUUUUGAUGCUGGGGUUGGCAUUGCCCUCAACAACCACUUCGUCAAGCUCAUUUCCUGGUAUGACAAUGAAUUUGGCUACAGCAACAGGGUGGUGGACCUUAUAGUCUACAUGGCCUCCAAGGAAUAAGAGCCCCUGGACCACCAGCCCCAGCAACAGCAUGAGAGGAAGAGAGGA